AACAAAUUCAUUACGUUCCCAUUUCGAUGAUCAACAGGUUCCCCAGUAAAUGAAGUUAUACAGAGAAUACCUAUUGAAGAGUAGACUCGAUGUAUCUCUCGAGGUGUGUAUGCCUUCAGCUAACAACCACUCUCAUCCAUUUCAGUCUUGUGUCAGUAAAUUUGUAUUCCUUGUGCUGCGUGAGCGAGACAACUUUACUACCAAAAAUUCGACUAGCGUUGACCAAUGAUCUCUCACCAGCUGCGUCGUGCAUCUCAACGCGGUUCAGUAGAAGUUCAGGGUUCGCUAAUAAAAGAUUGAGAUUAGGCUUGAAUUUGCAAUACCUAAAGCCGCCAGUCUUGCACCUUGUCCGGGAGAAGGGUCUAUUCAUUCCUUGGCCAACCUUUUGAAGGAAUCCUACAAUGAUACUAUUGAUACUUCUGGUUUCUAGCUAUAUUGCUGGUUGGUUAUUAUACUCUAUUAAAAGCAAGUUAUUAAG